AUUAUCUAAUAUAGCAAUUAUAAUAACAUCUGUCCAACAAUAACCGGCAACAUGCAUGAUACUGCCAAACUCCAUCUUGAAUUCUUGGCCAGAAAGAAAAAAGAAAAAAAAAAAAAGAAAAAAAGACUAUGCCCAACCGUUUUUCCUCUCGCCCCCCUUCAAACCUCUCUUUUUCUUUUUUCCCCUGUUGAUCCCAGUUUCACCUUGUUUUUCUUUUUCUUUUCACUUACCUUGAUUUAACUGCAGAACUCCACAAGAAAGGAGGGAAAUAAUGGACACCAACAAUCACCGUCCCUCGGGGUCGGGUUUUUCUUCUUUCCCCUGGGACCGACAGGUGAUGAUGAUGAGGAGUUCGAGAGCCCCCAAAGCCCGCCCUUCAUCAUCGUGCAUCCCCUGCAGGAAUCGGAAGGUUAAAUGCAACCGCCUUGACCCCUGCGAGACAUGCAUCAGUCGGGGUGUGGCAAAUGAGUGCAAAUACAGCGCCAACGACGAAGACAGACAGUCCAUCGCCCAAGCAGAGCUCAUCACCGACCUCCGGGCCACAGUGAAAGGGCUCAAGGGGAAACUAUCCCAGGUCGAGCAGGAGCGGCACUUCCAGCGCCGCCAUGCUAGCACACCCGAAGACGACGAUGAGGAGCAACAAAAUGGCUCGUUAACCAUGGAGAUUGUGUAUGCCGCUCUGCAGUCUGGGUCGCCCGAGGUGGUGCAGCACUUGGUUGCAAUGAUCCGCAGUGGAGCGCCAAUGGAAGAAGUGGCGGCUUUCGCUGAGCAGUGUGUUGCUUCUCCGUCGUGAGAAGAUAAUAGUGUACAGAUAUGUAUAUAAGGGUAAUUGUCUGGCGUUUUCUUGUUUCCUGCUCGGUUAUUUUCAAUUGUGCAAAUUUGGCGUGUCCCAAAACUCAGACUGCUGUUGAUUCAAUAGUACAUAAGAGCUCGAUUAUCAUCAAUUGAUGGUGACAGAAAUCAUGCACGGGGUAACUGAUCAGA